AUGGAUAUGAUGUAUGAAUCCUUGAUGGAAGAGGAUCGUAAAACUUGGGAAAAUCUGCGAAAUAAACUACUCAAAGAAGCAGAAGAAGACAAAAAACGUGUUACGAGUCAGAUGGCCCGUGAACGUUCAGAUUUGUUAGAACAGAUUACUCGACUCAACACUGAACUCAGAGAAACUGGCCAAAAACAGCAGAAGGAGCUUGAGGAGAUGAAAAAUAAACUGAGAACUGAACACGAAGCUGAUUUAAUGAAAUUGCAAAACCGAAUGGAACGGGAGAAAUCUGAUGUUGAAGAGUAUGUUCGCAAUCAGCUUAAGGUGGAACUCCAAGAACGCGAACUUGAAAUUGCAGAAAAGCUUCGAAAGGAAAGAGAUCGACAGUUGGAAGUUGCAAUUCAACGACUUGAAGAUGAAUCAAGUCAUAUUCGUGAGGAAGUAGAGAAUAGCGCCCAAGAGAGAAUCAAGCGACUGAAGGAGAAGUAUGAAAAGGACGUCGAUGAGUUAGAGGCGGGAGAGCGGGAAGCAAAGGAAAAGUACAACCAGACCAGGGUUUGCUCAUGCGCGCACAUGUGCGUGAGCGGACAUGAGGAAAGCGCAGAAGUUGAGCACUUAUUUAAUCAAUUCAGUCCAUGUCAUGUCCUCAUGUCAACUUAA